AUGCUGCACACUGGCAUGCUUCACACUGGCAUGCUACACACUGGCAUGCUGCACACUGGCAUGCUACACACUGGCAUGCUGCACACUGGCAUGCUGCACACUGGUACGCUACACACUGGCACGCUACACACUGGCACGCUACACACUGGCACGCUACACACUGGCACGCUACACACUGACUCCCCACACACUGGCACGAAACACUCAAGCACGCUGCACACUAGCACGCUGCCCACUAGCACCCUGCACACUUGCAUGCUGCACACUGGCAUGCUGCACACUGGCAUGCUGCACACUGGCAUGCUGCACACUGGAAUGCUGCACACUGGCACGCUAAACACUGGCAUGCUGCACAUUGGCAUGCUGCACACUGGCAUGCUGCACACUGGCAUGCUGCACACUGGCAUGCUGCACACUGGCAUGCUGCACACUGGCACGCUAAACACUGGCAUGCUGCACAUUGGCAUGCUGCACACUGGCUUGCUGCACACUGGCAUGCUGCACACUGGCAUGCUGCACACUGGCACGCUAAACACUGGCAUGCUGCACAUUGGCAUCCUGCACACUGGCAUGCUGCACACUGGCAUGCUGCACACUGGAAUGCUGCACACUGGCACGCUAAACACUGGCAUGCUGCACAUUGGCAUGCUGCACACUGGCAUGCUGCACACUGGCAUGCUGCACACUGGAAUGCUGCACACUGGCACGCUAAACACUGGCACGCUACACACUGGCACGCUACACACUAGAACGCUGCACACUGGCACACUACACACUGGCACGCUACACACUAGAACGCUGCACACUGGCACACUACACACUGGCACGCUACACACUAGAACGCUGCACACUGGCACACUACACACUGGCACGCAUCACACUAGCAUGCUACACACUGGCUCGCUUUAA